CCGCGCCCCCCCCGCCCCCGCCCCCCCCAUGGACAUGUUGGACCCGGGUCUGGAUCCCGCUGCCUCGGCCACCGCUGCUGCCGCCGCCAGCCACGACAAGGGACCCGAGGCAGAGGAGGGCGUCGAGCUGCAGGAAGGCGGGGACGGCCCUGGGGCGGAGGAGCAGACGGCGGUGGCCAUCACCAGCGUCCAGCAGGCGGCGUUUGGCGACCACAACAUCCAGUACCAGUUCCGCACAGAGACUAAUGGAGGACAGGUGACAUACCGCGUAGUCCAGGUGACUGAUGGUCAGCUGGACGGCCAGGGCGACACGGCUGGCGCCGUCAGCGUCGUGUCUACCGCUGCCUUCGCGGGGGGGCAGCAGGCUGUGACCCAGGUGGGUGUGGACGGGGCGGCCCAGCGCCCGGGCCCCGCCGCUGCCUCUGUACCCCCAGGUCCCGCAGCGCCCUUCCCGCUGGCUGUGAUCCAAAAUCCCUUCAGCAAUGGCGGCAGCCCAGCGGCCGAGGCUGUCAGCGGGGAGGCGAGGUUUGCCUAUUUCCCAGCGUCCAGUGUGGGAGAUACCACAGCUGUGUCCGUGCAGACCACAGACCAGAGCUUGCAGGCUGGAGGCCAGUUCUAUGUCAUGAUGACACCCCAGGAUGUGCUUCAGACAGGAACACAGAGGACAAUUGCACCCCGGACACACCCCUACUCCCCAAAAAUUGAUGGAACCAGAACUCCCCGAGAUGAGAGAAGAAGAGCUCAGCACAAUGAAGUAGAGCGGAGGCGGAGGGACAAGAUCAACAACUGGAUCGUCCAACUCUCAAAAAUCAUUCCAGAUUGUAACGCGGACAACAGCAAGACAGGAGCGAGUAAAGGCGGGAUCCUGUCGAAGGCCUGCGACUACAUCCGGGAGCUUCGCCAGACCAACCAGCGCAUGCAGGAGACCUUCAAGGAGGCCGAGCGGCUGCAGAUGGACAAUGAGCUCCUGAGGCAGCAGAUCGAGGAGCUGAAGAAUGAGAACGCCCUGCUUCGAGCCCAGCUGCAGCAGCACAACCUGGAGAUGGUGGGCGAGACCACCCGGCAGUGACGCCCGCCCCCAGCGCAGCCGCUGCCCGUGCCGGCCUCUGCUGCCCCUUCCCCAGCCCUUAGCACAGAGAGGGACACAUGCCCCUCCCCCAGCUGCGUUUUUUUAUAGUAGAUUUUUAACAAAAACGGGGAGAAAUAAUGCAUUUCUGUGGAUACAUUGCCCACCACCCUCAACUUGGAAACAACGUCCUUCCUCCCCAUCUGUCUUCUCCCUUCUCCUGCCCUCACUAAGCCCCGGCACGUCUGGUGUUCUCACCUGGAGGCAAGAGAGGAGGACAGGCCCUGCCACGUGUGCUGCCUCCUUGGUCUCUAGAGGUGCUGAGACAGGGUGCUUGCGGGAAGGAGGGGAGCCUGUGGGGGCCACCCCCGGGGCCUGGGCCUAAGCAGGGAGGCCACGUCCCCCCCACCUCCUGUUUCUGGAUCCCUGCUCCCCUUUGGGGGUAUGUGUGUAUGUGCGUGUGUGUGCGUGUGCGUGCGUGUGUGUGUGUUAAUUUUCUUUAUGGAAAAAUGGACAAAAAAAUAGAGAGAGAGAGGUAUUUAACUGCAAUAAACUGGCCCCAUGUGGCCCCCGCCUUGUC